AUGGACAAUGUUGCGUCAACCUUUGUGCUUGCUCAAAACAAGCCACCCGACCAAGAUCCUGAGCUCCGUCAGGCAAAACGAGCACGCAUCGACGAGGAAGAUGAAGACGAACCGCUGAUUAGUCCAGACCUGAGGUACAUCGAAGAGUUUCACGGAGAGCACGCCUCUACAUAUGGGACGGCCCCUACCCCUUUCGAACUGCUGCAAGAGAAACAGAACCGCGAUGGCUUGAGCAUGUACGCACCAUUUGCGGACAAGGAGGAGUGGGAUCUCUCUUGUUGGCUGCUUGAGAGCGUGACAAAGACGGCUGCCGAUAAGUUUCUGAAGCUUGAUAUUACCAAGUCACGCGUACAACCAUCGUUUGGCAGUGCCCAUACCUGGAUGAAACACAUUGAUCAGCUGCCCACUGGUCCGGAGUGGAAGUGCGUGCGUAUCUCUGCUGACGCAACCAAUGUUCAAGUCGUAUCUGAGGAAGAUGAAGACGAGGAUGACGAGGUGUUCGAGUUAUGGAUGCGUGAUCCCGUUGACGCUGUCCAAGAGCUCAUCGGGAACCCAGCACUAAAGGAGCACAUUGCCUACGCACCUGAACGAGUCUAUGCCGAUGCGGAGGGGAAGGAGAGAAGGUUUGAUGAGAUGUGGACAGCGGAUUGGUGGUGGCAAACUCAGGAGAAGAUCCCCACUGGUGGCACAGUUGCCAGCGUCAUCCUCUCCACCGACAAGACACAGUUGUCGCAGUUCCGGGGGGACAAAGUAGCAUAUCCUGUUUACCUAACGCUAGGCAACAUCGCGAAGGGAAUACGCCGUCAACCCUCUAAGCAUGCGUCAAUCCUAAUCGGAUACCUACCUGUAUCAAAGCUCGAGUCCUUUGACAAUCCAUCUACGACAGCUUACCGCUUGUUUCACUUCAGUAUGCGACACAUCCUCCGCUCCAUGGCUGAUGCUGGACGAAACGGAGUCUACAUGACUUGUGCAGAUGGCUACAUUCGUCGUGUCUUCCCCAUUCUGGCAGCAUAUAUCGCCGACCACCCGGAGCAGUGCCUUGUUGCGUGCUGUAAGCAGAACCGGUGCCCUAGGUGUCUUGUCGGCCGCGAUGAGCGAGGAGACUUGAAGAAAUCAGCAAAGCGUCAGCCAAACCACACUCUUGAGACACUCGGUGCCCAACAGGACGGACUCUAUCCCCCUAGCUUCCUCACUCAAGGGCUGCAAGAAGUAUACGCACCUUUCUGGUCUGAUCUUCCCUACUCCGACAUCUUCUCCUGCAUCUCCUCGGAUAUCCUUCACCAGUUGCACCAAGGCGUCUUCAAAGACCACCUGCUGAAGUGGUGUACAAAGCUCGUGAGGGGUGGAGGGGACAAUUUUGACAGACGCUUCCAAGCUAUGCCCAUUUACUCGGGGCUCCGGCAUUUUACUAAAGGGAUCUCGCAUAUCAGCCAAUGGACCGCAGGUGAACAUAAGCACGUACAGCGAGUCUUCGUCGCGGCGUUGGCUGGUUCUCAGGAUGAUGGUCGAGUGGUAACAGCUGCUCGGGCGCUUCUCGACUUCAUCACGCUCGCACAGUACCAUUCCCACACUACGGCCACCCUUGAACGCAUGCGAACUGCUCUCAAGAUAUUCCACCGUAACAAAUCCGCGUUUAUUGAGCUCGAAGCCCGCGUUCCCGAUCACUUCAAUAUUUCUAAGCUCCACUCUCUCUUGCACUACAUCGAAACAAUCAUGGCUCUCGGCUCUCUUGACGGUCUGAAUAGUGAGCACACAGAGCGCCUUCAUAUCGAUUUUGCCAAGCAAGCCUAUCGUGGGACCAAUCACAAAGAUUACGUUGUUCAGAUGACCCUCUGGCUUCAACGCCGUGAGGCCACUGCUCUACGGGAAUCGUACCUCUCUUGGCGCGCCUGCAUGCACGACAACUGCAAACCCCCAUCCGAGCCGAGCCUUGUCGAAGAAGGGUUGUCGGACUCUGAUGAAGCGCCAAUCUAUUCGGGUGCGCCGUGGAUUGCCAAAAAAUCUCCGCACCCUCGUGUCUCUGUUUCGGCACUUGAAGAGUCCUAUGGGGCUAGCGGAUUCGUGGAUUCACUCACCUUGUUUCUUCAAGAAGAAGGCUUGCUCCGCCCCGGCUUUCAUCCGAACCCGCAUGACCGCUUCGACGUCUAUAACAGCACCAGUCUCUACAUGCCUCCAGACGUCCACCUCAAUCCCAACAGCCUUCGCAUAUCUGUGAAGGCAACUGCACAGCGUUCCAACGGGACACGGAAGGCCGAGUCGCCAGCAAGGUGGGAUACUAUUUUAUUUGAGACGGAUCCAGUCGCGCGUCGUGAGAAGGGCGGCCUGAACGGUAAGCGUUUACAAGUGGCUGAACUGCACGUUGUUUUUCGAUUGCCCGACCACUUGAUUUCUCCGUCCAAGGAUCCGGGUCCGCUUGCAUACGUACAUCUGUUCCGUAAACUGGGUGCCCUGGAUCCAGAGACGGGAAUGUAUAGGCUUGUUCGGGCCACUCGACAACUGAUGCCCCGUGCAUUGAUCAUUCCUCUAUCUAAGAUUGUUAGACCAUGUCAUAUUAGCCCACGGUUUGGGCAGGGCAGAGUUCCGAGUUCGUGGCUCAAGGGGAAAUCUAUCGAACGAGCGGAGGAAUUCCUGUUGAAUAAGUAUAUAGACACUGCUAUGUUUGAAGCGUACAAUAUUCCAUUACAGUGA